GGCGAUUGUUUGCUCGCAUCGAGAUUAGCGCAGAGGCUCACAGGCGUCCAGUGGCAGUCGCGUGAUUGGCCACAGCGCACAAGUCGGGGCAGACCCACUUGCGUCCGGACAGCAUUUCCCAUGCGGCCAGACCUUAUUCGGGCUUCCAUCUCGACUAAAACAAUCAUCAUCGAAUGAGCACGGCUGCCCGCGAUUGACGCCCUCGAUUACGAAUAGCCGUCGUAUAAUAUUUUGCGACCAAAGAUACCUCUUCUAACAAUCGAUUUCUCUCGCUGCGGGACGCGCACGAAGCCACAGACAUGAACCGGCCAGGAGCAGCGCCGCAAACAAUGCGAGGCAUGCCAGGCGGAUUUGGAGGGCAACAACAACCCUUACAGUCUAACCGUUCCGCAUCGAACCGAUUACCGAAUGGGAAAAUGGCGGUCAAUAACAACGGCGGUUGGGCGUUAGCAGGUGCCGCGCCAAUGGGUGGUGCCUCUUUCCAGAACCAGUCGAGGCAAGCGGGAAGCAAUGUCAGCUUUGCGCAGAGCCUGGGCGGAUCGCAAUCGGUAGCCCCCCUCGACCCUUCUGAAUUCCCCUCCCUAUCCAACAACCCGCAACUGGGUAAUGCCCAGUCUGCGUCGAUGUGGGCAUCAGGAGCAGCGAGAAAUGUCAGCGCCCCCAUCCAAAGAAAUCAGGCGACAACCGGUUCGCUGCAACACCCGAAUCACGAUGAUGUGUUUCACUCAUCAUCCUCAAGAGCGGGGCAGGGCAGCUUCAGGUUUGGCAGCCACGGUGCUGCGACACCAUCUGUACAACAGCAAACAACCGCCGUCGAAGAGUUUCCGCCGUUGAACCGUACAGCAAACGGAGAAUCUGGUGUGGACAGAACGGCAAACUUAAUGUCGUCUCUAGGGAUUAGCAGUCUGGGACAAGGUUCCAUUGGUGCCCAAAAUAGAGGUAACGGUCUAUUGAAUGCGGUAUCGGCUAACAGUCGCGCCUCCGAGCCGCGAUCACCUCCUGGCGUUGGAUCUUCAUCCAGACGGCAAGGAGAACAUGAAGGGCAGGGAGAUACUGAUGGUGGCGACCUUGACCGACACCGACACUUUGCAGAGGAGUUGGCAAAUAAGCACGCGAUGGCGGAGGACUCCGAAUUCGAUCAGCGAUUUCCUGCUUCUGAUCCUAAGGAGGCUACCAAUGGCAAACAAAAACAAGCCGAUGACGUUGUUGAUCCACUGGAGGGCAUGGCAGAAAUCGACAGAUGGGGUAUUAAAGGCCUGCGAACUUUGAUGAACAAUUACCCAGACUACCAUGCCAUGGUAGUCGGUAUGGACCCUACAUCGCUCGGGCUCGAUAUGAGUUCGCCAGAGCUUAUCUCAACCCAAAUCUACUCUCUCUUUGACGAGACGCUGCCGCGGCCUACUGUACAUGGCAGCAACUUCAGGCUGCCUGAAUGCUAUAACGUCACAAAUGUGCAGCCCAUUGAGAGCAAGAUCGUGAGCUUCAAUGAAGAAACUCUAUUCUGGAUUUUCUACAGCUGCCCUGGAGAUGCCAAGCAGCAAAUGGCGGCGAUCGAACUAUACUCGAGAAAUUGGAGAUGGCAUAGAAAGCUGCAACUUUGGCUCACUAAGGAUGACAUGCUGACGCCUCAGCCCCUCGGCCCUAGCCAUGAGCGCGGCUUUUACAUUGUCUGGGAUGCUAGCAAUUGGAGGAAAGACAGACGCGAGAUCACCCUCAACUAUAGCGAACUGGACACAUCGAACCAGCCUCAAGGGGCAGUUUAAUUUGGGUAUCGGAUUUGGUGAUGCAUUGGAUUUUGGUUUGUGGGGUGUAUAAACGUUGUGUGAAAUUCAUCGCCGGUUUGAUUGGCGUUAGGUACUGUCUAUGAGGAGCUUGGUUUCCGUGUUGAACAUGGAGAUCAACAUGUCGGUUCAAUUAGGUACUGGUGGCAUAUCAACGGUUUGGGUGCUCAGCUCUUGGCAGGCUAUCUCAUUGGAUUCAAAGCUCUUGGGCCGCAUGGACAAAAAUUUAACUCUUGACGAUGUGCCUGAAUCAGCCUAGCCCAUUGAAUACAAAGCGACUAGCGUGACUUUCUACCUUUUCUGGAU